UAGGUCGAUUCGGGCUUAUGGCAACUAAUGUUUGACGUUCUAUUUGAGAUGUUAAGCGUAUUUCCAUUUUAAGUCUUUGCCCUAAUCCUUCCCCUUCCCUAAGAUUGCCACUUUCAAAGCCGCCAUCUUCUACUAGUCUCGACCGGUACACACACAACCAACUGCAAAACACACACCACAACAGUACCGGCGAUUUCGAGCUGCCAAAUAUCGAUUACACCCUUCUUUUACCACACAUUCUUCUAACUUCCGCCAUUAGCCGCCGCAAACUUCCCGAUCAUGUCUGCGAAAUGGCGUGCUAUACAGCAUCGCCAUCGCUACACUUACAACGCCGUCGUUUUUCCUAACUCUUACAUCGAGCACUUGAACCUACUUCACUCAAAACUGGGUUCGCCUACAACUUCAAAAUUCUUCAACGAAUUGAAAGAAUUGGUUUCUCUUAAUUCCAUCUAUGCCCAAGUUAACCGUGCAAAAGAUCUUGCUUCUGCUUUCGGGGACUUGUUGGUUCGUGGGGACGAAGCUCUGGUUUCUGAGGUCUCCAAACUUUACUUGGAGAUUCUGUUUUUGGAAAAUUCUCUGCCUUUGCAUAGAACCCUUGUCUCUGCAUUGUCAAAGGCUCGGAAUUUUCAGUCCGCCAUUGGUGGGUGCUUUCGCGAGCUUUGCGACGAGCAUGGUGGAGGUAAAAGGAAGCUUUUCUGUGUGUCCAGAGCGGCUUUGUCGAUAAUGGGUAUGCCUAAAUUAGGCUACUUGAUCGAUGUUGUCGAAGAAUGCGCAAUUUUGGUUGCUUGGGAUAUAGUUUUCAGUUUGAAUGGUGUUGUUUCCGAGACCAAUGGGUGGGCUAGACCUUCGCCUAUUGUUAUGGAACAAUGCCAAGAGGCUCUAUCUUGUUUGUACUAUUUGCUUCAGCGUUUCCCUUCAAAGUUUAAGGACCUUAAUGGUUCCUGGAAUGAUUUUCAUGGUGAAAAUUCAAAUGUCUUGGCGAUGAGUUUGAGGGUCGUUUUAAGCAUCUUGAAGUCUUCUGCUUUCUCAAGGGAUUGUUUUGUGGCUGCUGGGGUGAGCUUCUGUGCAGCUUUGCAAUCUUGUCUCAGUCCUCAAGAGCUUGGAUUGGUUAUAAUUGAAGGUAUAUUUCAUCAAACUGUUUGUAGUUCGGAUACAGAUUCCGAAUUUGACUUCGGGAAUGCUAUUAAUAAAGUUCCUUAUAGAGGGGAUGUCUGCUCUGAAAUAAGUCAGUUUUCUGCCUUGAGUAGACUUUGCUUGAUAAGAGGGAUUCUUACUGCGGUUUCAAGAACAGUGCUUAAUGCACAUUUUACUAUAUCAGGGAAUAAUUUGAAUUGCAAUUUGGGUAGUGGUCACAUUGGUAGGACUAUACUAUAUGAUGGAAUUUUGCCUGAGCUUUGUAACUAUUGUGAGAAUCCUACCGAUAGCCAUUUUAACUUCCAUGCAUUGACUGUGAUGCAGAUUUGUUUUCAACAGAUUAAGACCUCGAUAUUAGCUAAUCUAACCGGACCAAGUGGAAGUCAUGAUCCAAUUUCAGAAGAAAUGGGAACCCGAAUAUUGAGAAUUAUAUGGAAUAAUUUUGAGGAUCCUUUAAGUCAAACAGUCAAACAAGUUCAUCUCAUUUUUGAUCUCUUCCUGGACAUUCAGUCAACUCUAUGUUGGUCAGAUGGAAGUGAAAAAAUAAAGUCAUUCUUGAAAAAGAUUGCUUCGGAUCUUCUUCGCCUGGGACCUCGUUGUAAGGGCAGAUAUGUACCUUUGGCUUCACUUACCAAGAGGUUGGGGGCAAAGACAAUGUUAGAUAUGAGUCCUGACCUGCUGUUUAAAACAGUACAUGCAUACAUUGACGAUGAUGUGUGCUGUGCCGCCACUUCAUUUUUGAAGUGCUUCCUUGAGUGUUUGCGUGAUGAGUGUUGGAGUAGUGAUGGUAUUGAAAGUGGAUAUGCACUUUACAGAGAGCAAUGCUUGCCCCCCAUUUUGUAUGGACUUGCUUCUGGAGUUUCAAAGCUCCGCUCAAACUUAAACACUUAUGCAUUGCCAGUUUUACUUGAAGUUGAUGUGGAUAGUAUAUUUUCUAUGCUUGCAUUUAUCUCCAUUGGGCCAAGUGGGGAUGAAAAUAGGCUGUUAUAUCCUGAGCUUAGUCUUGCAAACAUGGACCUGAGAGUUGAACAGAAAGUAGCCAUUCUAGUUUCAUUGCUUAAAGUGUCUCGUUUACUUGCAUUGCUUGAAGGGGAUAUUGAUUGGUGCAAGGAAGUUGGGUUAAAAGCAGAAUACAUUGGACAUAAAGCUCUUGUAUGUAUCAAGGGUAUAAAGGUUAAAGUCCUCGUUGAAUGGCUGGUUUUGGGAUUGACCCAUGUUGAUGAGUCACUCCGUGUGGAUGCUGCAGAGUCUCUUUUCUUAAAUCCCAAGACAGCUAGUAUGCCUUCCCAUUUAGAGCUCACUUUGUUGAAGGAAACUAUACCAUUGAACAUGAGGUGUUGCUCAACAGCUUUUCAAAUGAAGUGGGCUAGCUUGUUUCGGAAGUUCUUUUCUCGGGUUCGAACAGCCCUCGAGAGACAGUUUAAGCAGAGUAACUGGAAACCUCUAGAUCAUUGCAAAAAUAUGGAAAUACAACUAUUAAAUCGAAGUGAGGAGCCUGAAGCUAACAAAGCAAAUAAUCUUUUUCAUUUUAUGAGGUGGUUAAGUUGCUUUUUAUUUUUUUCAUGCUAUCCUUCUGCCCCAUAUAAGAGAAAAGUAAUGGCAAUGGAGCUAAUGCUUAUAAUGCUUAAUGUUUGGUCUAUCACGCCCUCUAUUCAAGAAGCAUCUGGUUCUUUUUCUCCCGAAUGCUGUAUUUAUCCUUACAAUAAAGGAAUAACGUUACCAAAUUCAACUCUAUUGCUAGUUGGGUCAAUUAUUGAUAGUUGGGACAGGUUGAGGGAAAGUUCUUUUCGUAUAUUGUUACAUUUUCCUACGCCACUUCCAGGCAUUUCAGAUGAAGACAUGGUCAAAAACGUGACUACAUGGGCUAAGAAAUUAGUUUGCAGUCCACGUGUGAGAGAAAGUGAUGCUGGAGCUCUGACUCUGCGCCUUAUAUUUAGGAAGUAUGUUUUGGAACUGGGUUCGGUAGUCAAACCUUCAGUUAAUGUUGUUUGUUUUCUUCCACAGUCUGAACUUGCUAAUUGUAAUUAUCAGAUUUCUAAAUCUAGGAAUCCUGUGAUAGAAUAUAUAAAAUCACUAAUUGAUUGGUUGGGUGUUGCUGUCAAGGAGGGAGAGAGGGAUCUUUCAGAAGCAUGCAGAAACAGCUUUGUUCAUGGUGUAUUACUUGCACUACGAUAUACUUUUGAAGAAUUGGACUUUAACUCUGAUGCAGUGUUGUCGAGCAUCUUAGAGAUGAGAAAUUUAUUACAGAAUCUCUUGGAGCUUGUAUUACGAAUAACUUCGUUGGCACUUUGGGUGGUUUCUGCUGAUGCAUGGUAUCUGCCUGAGGAUAUGGAAGAGAUGGGUGAUGAUGAGACUCUCAUGUUGGAGGUUCCAGAUGAGGUGGAUGUGGAAACAUCUUCAUUUGAACAUGAAGAGAAAAACUUAAAACCUCUGCGGAAUAGCAGGACUUCAGAACAGGUCGUUAUGGUUGGUUGUUGGCUCGCUAUGAAAGAGGUGAGUCUUCUUCUUGGGACUAUUAUUAGAAAGAUUCCUUUACCAAAUGACUUAGAAUCAUCAGAGUCACUUGGCAUCUAUUCAGAUACCAUAGAUGUUUUAACCUUGACAUCGGGUGCAAUGCUUAAUGUGCAUCAACUUGAAACAAUUGGGAAUCAUUUCUUAGAAGUCCUUCUGAAGAUGAAGCAUAAUGGUGCAAUUGAUAAGACAAGGGCCGGUUUUACAGCUCUUUGUAACCGUUUGCUUUGUUCAAAUGAUCCUAGACUUUGCAAGUUGACAGAAUCAUGGAUGGAUCAACUAAUGGAAAGAACUGUGGCCAAGGGUCAGAUAGUGGAUGAUUUAUUAAGGAGAAGUGCAGGUAUUCCUGCUGCAUUUACUGCUCUGUUUCUUUCAGAGCCAGAAGGUGCACCAAAGAAACUCCUCCCACGGGCUUUACGAUGGCUAAUUGAUGUUGCUAAGCAGUCUUUGCUGGAUUCAGAUGAAAAUAAUACCCCAAAUGGUGAUUUGGCUCUGAGUUCUUCAACAAAAUCAAAAAAAGAUUCAGAAUGUACAAGGCCAUCUGAGAUAAAUGCAAGCGACAAGGCCUCAAAGGUCCGUGAUGAGGGUGUUAUUCCUACUGUACAUGCAUUCAAUGUCCUUAGAGCUGCUUUCAAUGACACCAACCUCGCUACAGAUACAUCAGGCUUUUCUGCUGAGGCUUUGAUUAUUUCGAUUCGCUCAUUCUCAUCUCCAUAUUGGGAAGUGCGAAACAGUGCUUGUCUGGCAUACACUGCUUUGGUACGUCGCAUGAUAGGAUUCCUUAAUGUUCAGAAACGAGAUUCGGCAAGACGCGCAUUAACUGGGAUUGAGUUUUUCAAUAGGUAUCCUUCAUUGCAUCCAUUUCUAUUUGAGGAACUAAAGUUUGCCACCGAGCUACUUGGGGAUGGUUCAUCUGGACAUUCAGGAUCCAACCUGGCAAAGCUUGUCCACCCAAGCUUGUGUCCCAUACUGAUUCUUUUAUCCAGGCUUAAACCCUCAACAAUUGCAAUUGAAACUGGAGAUGAGCUGGAUCCUUUCUUGUUCAUGCCAUUCAUCCGGAGGUGUUCAACCCAAAGCAAUCUACGAGUUCGUAUUCUUGCAUCCAGAGCCAUAACAGGUCUUGUAUCUAAUGAGAAAUUACCUACCAUCCUCCUCAAUAUAGCCUCUGAGUUGCCUUGUAUAGAUAACCAAGUAACAACUACUCCUGAAUCAUCUGUUUCAUUAGACAAAACCGAAAGGUCCCAUCAUGCUUCUUUCAAUUGGAUUCAUGGAAUUCUUUUGCAGCUAAGUUCUCUUCUGGAUACAAAUUGUCGAAACCUGGUCGAUAAAUCAAAGAAAGAUCAAAUUCUAUGCAACUUGAUUGAAGUUCUUUCAGUGUGUUCAUGGAUUGCGAGCCCCAAACAGUGCCCUUGCCCCAUCCUCAAUACCACUUUCUUUAAGGUGCUGGAUCACAUGCUCAGUAUUGCUAGAGGAUGCCAUAAGAGAAGCUUUAAUGCUAUUCGGAAUUUAGUUUUAAAGUUAUCUACAGAAUGCUUAGAUUUAAAUGCUUCUUAUGGGCUGUUAUAUUAUGAUCCUACCAUAGCAGAACUUCACCAACAAGCAUCCAUAUCGUAUUUCAGUUGUGUGUUUCAAGCAUUUGAGGAAGUGUCUGAAGAGGCUUUUCAAAUGCCACAACAAUGUUCUUCACUUGAUUCAAAAAAUUCUAGGAUGCCUGAAAUGGAUAUAACUUUUGCUGGACUCGAGGAAAGGCUGGUCUGCUCUCUGUCAGAUUCUGCAUAUGAGGUUCGACUUUCAACUUUGAAGUGGCUGUUUAAGUUUCUAAAGUCAACAAAAUCUGGUCUAGAACGCCAUGAUAUCUCUAGCAGUGAGGUUAGAAUUAUUCAGAAUUGGACCAGCACUAGCCUUCAGACGACAUUGUUGAAACUCUUAGACUUGGAGAAGCAUCAUAGAUGCUCAUAUUACAUUCUGAGGAUUCUUUUUACUUGGAACUUGCUACAGUUUCAAAAUGCCGGGGAUGACAAAUGCAAUGAAGCAAUCUAUGUUGGUAGGAUGGAUUGUAAUUCUGUGUUUCUAUUUUGGGACAAGUUGAUUUCCUUGUAUGAGCUCACAAGACAUGCAAAAACACGUGAAGCAGUUAUCUGCUGCAUGGGAGUUUGUGUGAAGAGGUUUACAGGUUUAUUUGCAUCCUUUGCUCUUUUUGAUUUAGAGAAAAGGAGAUCAAUUGAAAAAAGUGAGUCUGAUGAAGUACAAGAUUUGUCCAGACUGUAUGACAGAAUUUUCUUUUUCACCAACCUAAUUAAAGAGCAUAGUGCUUCAUCUGAACCAGUAAACAUGCGCAAGGCAGUAGCAGAAUCUAUUAUAGCAUCUGGUUUGCUAGAGCAAGCUGAGCUUGUUGGUUCUUCUGUGUUUACUAGCCAAAUCCCACUUGAAAAUCCAUGUUUAUGUUUUGAACCAAAACAAGCUAUUAAUCUGUAUGCUCGUCAGAUACUAGAUAUAUGGUUCACAUGUAUCAUGCUGUUGGAGGAUGAGGAUGAUGGGGUUAGGCAAAUGGUUGCCAUGGAUGUUCAGAAGUGCUUUGCAUACAAAUAUACUGGGAGGAGCUUGCAUCCUGGAGAAGCCCCGAUCCAAGUGGAAAAGGUAAUAGGAUUGAGUUUUGAGUAUCUCUCUUCUAUAUUUGGUCACUGGAUCGAGUACUUUGAUUAUCUCUUAAAGUGGAUACUUAAGGCAGCAAACUAUGAAGUGUCCAAUGGCGAUCUUGUGAGACGGGUUUUUGACAAGGAAAUUGAUAAUCAUCAUGAAGAGAAGCUGUUAAUCAGUCAAAUUUGCUGUUCCCAUUUGGAGAAGCUAACAAUUUUAAAAUCUUGGCCAACAGAAUUAUUGGCUGAACAGCAUUUUAGAAGUUAUUUACAUAACUGGAGACUCAGAUUUUUCCAUCAGCUGAAGUCAUUUACUAAGGAUCAUAUUGAUAAACUGGGUUCUGUUGAUUGGGUUGGUGGUGUUGGUAACCACAAGGAUGCAUUUCUACCACUUUAUGCCAAUUUGCUUGGCUUUUAUGCGCUCUCAAACUGCAUUUUUAAUGGAAAAACAGAGAAUGGUACUGCUCUUCUGUCAGACAUUGUAGAACUGGGCAGAACUAUCAAUCCAUAUGUUAGGAACCCUUUAGUUUUGAAUCUGUAUCUGUUAGUUGUUAAAGCACAUGAGAAAAAUAUUGGCGCAUCCAUUGCCCGCACCAUUCCUGGAUCUAGAGAAGAUACAAUUUGGGAUGGUUUUGAUCCUUAUUUUCUUCUUAGGUAGAGAUCGAAUGCAUACCAUAGAGAAUGUGAUUCAAGUUAUUGAUAGGAGCAUUUUUGUUAGAAGUCCUUAGCUGGAAAUAUAUUUUAGCAUAGUCAUGUAUUAUACAAUUCAGAUAACCUUUCGUGUAAACUUUUCAAAUAUAUUGUAUUGCACUAACUAAACUACUGGCUCUUCAAUAUGCAAUGCACAGGCUGAACAAAAUCAUUGCGAAAGCAGAUCA